AUGGGAAAGAUCAUCUUCUACGAGGACCGGAACUUCCAGGGCCGCUACUAUGAGUGUAGCAGUGACCACCCCAAUCUUCAGUCCUACUUCAGCCGCUGCAACUCUGUCCGGGUCGACAGUGGGAGCUGGAUGAUCUAUGAGCACCCCAAUUACUCAGGUUGUCAGUACUACCUGAGGCGGGGCGAGUACCCUGACUAUCGAGAGUGGAUGGGCUUCAAUGACUCCAUCAGGUCUUGCCGCAUGAUCCCUCAAUUUUCUGGUUCUCACAGGAUUAGGCUGUAUGAGAGAGAUAACUACAAAGGCCUAAUAGCAGAGCUCACCGAUGAUUGCCACUGCAUCCAGGAUCGAUUCCAUCGCAGUGAAAUAUACUCCCUCAACGUGCUAGAGGGUUGCUGGAUUCUCUAUGAAAUGCCCAACUACCGAGGGAGACAGUACCUGCUGAGACCAGGAGAGUACCGGACCUUCCAAGAUUGGGGAAGCAUGAAUGCCAAAGUGGGCUCAUUUAGAAGAGUUGUGGAUUUUUGUUGA